AUGACUCACCUCAAAUUCGUCACCCUUGAUGUCUUUACAUCAACACCCUACUCCGGCAACCCGCUAGCGGUAGUCUUCCUUCCAGAAGACGACUCAACCGCUCUAACCCAGAGCCAGAAACAAACUAUCGCACGGGAAUUCAAUCUAUCCGAGAGUAUCUUUGUCCACCCAGUACGUGAGAAAGGAAAGCGCACCAUCGACAUCUUCACCACAGACUGCGAAAUCCCCUUCGCAGGCCAUCCCACCAUUGGCGCAGCCUCUUGGUUCUUGAGCCACUCACCCGACCCCGCGGAUGGCGAUGGCGUCACCACCCUGGCGACCAAGUCCGGCGACAUCCCCAUCUCCGUCCAGAAUCGCGAGACCAAAUACGUCGCUGCGCAGAUUGCGCACAAUACACGUAUUCAUGCUGCGCGGUUCAGCCUGAAGGAGGUGGUGAGGCUGCACCCAACGCUGGCGCCGUUCUUUACUCGGCCGGAUGUUACUUUCCCGCUCUUUUCAAUUGUCAAUGGGAUGAGCCAGUUGUUUAUUGAGCUUCCUUCGCUUGAGGCGCUGGCUGCUGUUACACCUGCGACCGGUGGUGAGCUGGUUUCUGCUGAUUAUCUUGAUGAGGGGUGGAAGGUUGGGUUAGUCUGUGUGUACUUCAUUGUUCGGGAUGUUGAGGAUAGUGUCACGAAGAAGAAGGUUAUUCGGUCCAGGAUGAUGCUGGGAACCCUGGAAGAUCCGGCUACUGGCAGCUCGGCUAGUGGGUUGGCGGCGUACUUGACACUGACGGAGGGCAAGGCUGGUCAGAAUCAUCAGUACCAUGUUGUGCAAGGUGUUGAAAUGGGACGCCGCAGUGAUAUUGGUGUUGGGGCUACGUUGGAUGGCGACAAGAGGAUUGAACAGGUUGUGUUGACGGGCACUGCUGUUAGCGUGUCUGAGGGCAAGGUGCUGGUUCCUCAUGCCUGA